UAUUGUGAGAGAUACACUGAGAGCAGAGGGGAGUUCCUCAGAGAUCUCACUCUCCCAUGUCAAAAAAAUAAAAAAAUAAAAAAAUAAAUAUAAAAAAGAGAUUUUGUGAAGAUGUAUGGAGAUUGUCAAGUGAUGUCGUCGAUGUCGAUGAUGAACGGAGAGGCGAACGGGAUCUCUUCGGAUUCUCUCUUCUCCUCCAUCAGAAACCCUAAUCUAGGGUUUAUGACCAACUUGCCCUUCCACUCUUUUUCUUCUCUAGUCCCUAAGGAGGAGAUGGUGGUGGGGAGAUCGAAGGAGGAGGAGAUGGAGAGCGGAUCGGGAAGCCGGAGGUCACGUGGACGGCACCAGCUGCGGCGAAGAACACGAUCGGUCCCUGCGGAUGAUAAGCAGCGGAUGAGGCUGAGCCAGGAGCUCGGCCUCAAACCCCGCCAGGUCAAAUUCUGGUUCCAGAACCGCCGCACCCAGAUGAAGGCUCAACAAGAUAGAUCAGACAACGUGAUCCUGAGAGCCGAGAACGAAACCCUAAAGAACGAGAACUUCCGUCUUCAGACGGCGAUCCGUAAUGUAAUCUGCCCAAACUGCGGUGGGCCUGCAUUGCUCGGUGAGAUGUCCUUCGACGAGCAGCAUCUUCGCCUCGAAAACGCUCGACUCAAAGACGAGCUCGAGCGUUUAUCCUGCAUCGCGGCGCGUUACACCAGCGGCCGCCCUGUGCAGGCUCUAGGCCCCACUCCGUCGCUCAUGCUGCCGUCUCUGGACCUUGACAUGAAUAUGUACUCGAGGCCGCAGUUUGCUGCUGAGGCUAUGAUCGGGGGCUGCGCUGAGGGUGAGAUGCAGUUUGGAGGGGGAAUGCUUAUGAUGGAACAGGAUAAGGGGAUGGCGGUUGAGCUGGCGAUGACGGCGGCCGAGCAUUUGGUGAGGCUGUGUAGUGUCAAUGCGCCUGUUUGGGUAAAGAAGAAAAUCAGUGGAGAGAUGGUGAUGGAGGUUUUAGAUGUGGAGGAGUAUGGGAAGUUGUUCCAGUGGCCGGUGGAGAUCAAGACCAUGAAUGGGGAGUUUAGGAGUGAGGGAACGAGGGAUACUGGGAUCGUUAUGAUGAAUAGUAUCACUUUGGUUGAUGCUUUCUUGGAUGCUAAUAAGUGGAUGGAACUGUUUCCUUCAAUUGUCUCCAAGGCAAAAACACUUCAAAUCUUGGCCACCGGAAUCUCUGGCCACGGCAAUGGAUCACUUCAUUUGAUGUAUGCAGAGCUCCAAGUUCUUUCACCAUUAGUGCCUACACGAGAGGCACAUUUUCUCCGAUAUUGCCACCAAAAUAUAGAAGAGGGAACUUGGACUAUUGUUGAUUUCCCCAUUGACGGCUUUCAUGAUGGGCUUCAGAUGUCUCCCCCUCGCUAUAGAAGGCGACCAUCGGGAUGCAUCAUUCAGGACAUGCCAAAUGGCUAUGCAAGGGUGAUGUGGGUUGAACAUGCGGAUGUAGAGGAUAAACCAGUGCAUCAGGUAUUCAAUCAAUUUGUUACUAAUGGCAUCGCCUUUGGAGCAACUCGAUGGCUCUCAAUCUUACAACGUCAGUGUGAGAGGCAUGCCAGCCUCAUGGCCAGAAACAUUCCUGAUCUUGGAGUGAUUCCUUCUCCGGAUGCAAGGAAGAAUAUGAUGAAACUAUCACAUAGAAUGGUUAAGACAUUUUGUGCUAACAUAAGUUCAGCUAGCAACCAAUCAUGGACUGCGCUCUCAGACUCUUCUGAUGAUACAAUUAGGGUAACAACUCGGAAGAGUAUGGAACCAGGCCAGCCCAAUGGAGUCAUACUUACUGCAGUUUCCACAACUUGGCUUCCUUUCUCUCAGGAUCAGGUGUUUGAUCUUUUGACAGAUGAACAACGAAGAUCUCAGCUUGAUGUUCUAUCAAAUGGAAACUCAUUGCAUGAGGUGGCGCACAUAGCGAAUGGCUCACAUCGAAGGAAUUGUGUUUCGCUUCUGCGCAUAAAUUCCAACAACUCCUCCCAAAGCGUAGAACUCCUCCUCCAAGAAAGCAGCAUCCACCCCUCCGCUGAAAGCACCGUAGUCUACGCCACCGUCGACGUCGACGCUGUCCAGGUCGCCAUGAGCGGCGAGGACACCUCCUUCAUCCCCCUCCUCCCUACCGGCUUCAUCCUUCUCCCGUCUCCUCCUCCAUCUUCCAUCUCAUCACCUGACGAUGUCAACAUUGAUGUAUCGGCCGCCUCUGGAUGUUUGUUAACGAUCGGCGUGCAGGUCCUCGUCAGCUCGGUCCCGUCAGCCAAGUUAAACCUGUCAAAUGUCACUGCUAUUAAUAAUCAUAUCUCUAAUGCAGUGCAGCAGAUAAGUGCAGCAUUGGGUAAUGGUGGUGGCGGCGGUAACGUUGAGGCUGAUGCUUCUGUUGAGACCGAGCGCUAGCUCGGAAAUUACGAAAAUGCCCUUCGAAGGUUUUGUACUGAGAGCGAGUUUUUGACACAAAAAGAGAAAUAAUUUUGGUUUGCUCUUUAAAAUGAGGAAAAUACCCUUGGAUACACCUGGGGGCAUUUUCUUCAUUUUUUGGGUUAUGUUUAGUCUCUUUUUGUCAAAUUCUCUCUUCAUGUAUGCGGAGGGCAUUUUUGUGGUUUGAGUUAUGUGUAAUGUUGUAAUAAAAGAAGGAUAUGAUAUUGAGAGAGAUUUAAGUGGAGGGGAGUCAAGAGCGCACCAAAUCUGAUCCUUUGCUAAUUAAGGCUCGAACCCAAGUUAGCUUAAGUAGGUUCUUUUUGGUUCGGGAAUUGACUUCCUUAGCUUUAAUAUUACAAAUUUGCUAGGUUUUGUCUCUUUUGUGUAUUUUUAGAAGAUGGGUAUGAUGUAAAACUCUUUUAUUUGGGUUGUUGAGGUUUGAAUUGUUGUUGGUUGGUGGGAGGGAUUUAAUGCCUUUGUUUGGAUUUUUAUGGAUAUUUACGUUGGGCACUUUAUUGCUCUCGCUUUCUACUA